AUGUCCUCCUCCAUCCUGGUCGCAUACGCCUCCUCUCACGGCUCAACCCGGGAGAUCGCAGAGCGCAUCGCCACGCGUCUCGCAGCACAAUUCCCCCCACCUUCCACGGUGGUGGACUGCCAGCCCGUCGACGCCGUCCGGCCACUCGCGCAGCAGCAGCAGCAGUACGCCGCGGUCGUCGUCGGCAGCGCCAUCCACGCCGGCCGGUGGCUCGGGCCCGGGCGGCGCUUCAUGGCGCGGAACGGCGCCUACCUCUCUGGCACCGGCACCACCCCGGGGGUCCGCCCCCCGCCCCCGCCCCCACCGCUGUGGGCCUUUAGCGUCGGCAUGCCGCGCGACGAGACCAAGCGCCGCGACGAGGAGGCGGCCAUGGCCAAGUCCCUGCGGGCGCACCUCGUCGGCGAGGCCACGCUGAGGGGCCACGCGCUGUUCCGGGGGCGCUUCGAGCGGGCCGACGCGCCGUGGUUCGUGGUGCCCUUCCUGUGGCUCGUGGCCCGGGACGACAAGAAGACAUUCCAGGACUUGCGGGACUGGGACCAGAUCGAUGCCUGGGCGGACCAGGUGGGCGGAGAGAUGAGGGCAACCGGUGUUGGGAAGGGCAUUGCGGCCAACGGUGGUGGUGGUGAUGGUGGUGGUGGUGGUGUUGGCGGUGCUUAG